CGUUGACCAAUCGUAGAACGCUAAACCUGUUUCUUUACCCGGAAGAAACUGUAGCUGUUACUGAAGACCAAAGAUGUUUGAACUAGUAGGCAUGUCUUCUGAUGACUAUUCAGUUGAAAGUAUUGGACAGCUUCCUCCAGACUUGUUUGCAGAAUCAGAGCUUUAGCAAUGAACCACAAACGCGUUUUAGACCCAUCUUAGAGUUAACUGACCUAAACUAAUUAAACAGUGUGUGCAUGUUCAGGAAAAUAACACCUGUGCCAACAGGUUAUGAUGCACCUGCAAGGGCAGAUCCCUGGUGUAGACACAGCUGAGCUCUGUGAGAGAUUUCAAAAAGCUGGUGUCCAACUAAACUUGGAGGCUGUUGAGAAGAUAGUAAACAUCGUUUUGUUUCUUUUCAGAACAGCAACAAAAAGCAAUUGGACUGCAGGGCAACUAGUCACCAAGUUGGCUGAAGGGAGCAGCAAAUGGUCAAAGCCAGCUUUGCAGGUUAUUCAGCAAAUCUGGAAUGAACAGGGCAAACUCCUCCAAUCACAGGAGGAUCCCAGCCGCAUGAUAACAGUUGGACAGCUGGUAGAUUUCCAAUGGAAGCUGGCCAUGGCAAUUAGUUCUGACACCUGUAGGUCUCUGAACUAUCCUUACAUCUCCAUGACAUUAAAAGUGGCCAAUUCCUCUGGGCAGAUAACCAGCAAAUCCUUUGAAAUGACUAUCCCUCAAUUUCAGAAUUUCUUCAGACAGUUCAAGGAAAUGGCAGCUGUUCUAGAAACAGUUUAAUGGUGGUGGAUUUUGCUUCGAGAGAUGCAGUUGGGUCUACUGGGUCUUAUUCAUGAAACAUCAACUCAAGUUGGGAGGAAAAAGGACUGCGUAGUAACCUGUGUCGGCUGUCUCUAAACAAUGUAAAAUAAGAAAAUAUGAAUAGAGAUGUGGUCUCACAACCCCCCCCCCCACAGUUCCAAACAUGUGAUAAUACUUUCUGAAGUAGAUGAAGGCUGUACCACGUGGUAGUGGACCUUGACUUUCGUUUGCGUCCUUGCCUUUGGAUCAGAUGCAUAACUCCAGCAUGCUCCACUACCAUGCUGUAGAGCUGUGUAUUAGCCUACAUAUUGUUCCCAGUUUCUGAAAGUUUCUAUUAAGGAGCAUGCAGCAACAUGGUGAUCAGCAGAUUUCUAACCAGUUCAACUGGUGGGUGGUGAAACUACUGUAACAGACCUUGAAUGUCUCCUGUAUAACCCACUGCUAAAGAUAGAACAGAGAAUGCAAUUCCUCUCACAGUGAUGUAGUGGCAGCCAAGCUUUAUGAAGAAAUUUUUUGUCCCAAUGGUUUAAAUACCUAUGGGAAUGUUAACAAACUUAAACAUAUGAACACAUUUUAUGAAAUAUUGAUUACUUCAUAAAUACAUACAUAUAUAAUAGUGAUGAUCACACUGCUGAAGACAUCACAGUCUGUGUGAUCAAUCAGUGCUAUGGAACAAAUGUUGCUCGGAAACAAAAGGAACGAGAGUUUAUCUUCAAACUGGGAACGUUGGAACCUCUGGGAAUGAACAUUCUAUUCUAAUAAUCAUGACACCAUCCACAGAAUGUUUGUAUAAUUACAAUUCUUGAAUAACAACAAGUUUACUGCACUGUGUUUGUUUUUCUUUUUAAACAGCUGAAGAAGGGCUUUUGCCCGAAACAUCCUGAAAAUAAAAUAUAUAUUUUUUAAUCUUUUCAACCUUUUGUAUAUAUAUAUAGGCAUAUGAAAGAAAAGGUUUUUAAUUUAUUUUUUUCUUUUCUUUUAAAUAGUGUUUUUCAGUGCUGUACAGACAUUCUAUGUCGUUAUCCAUUUAGUUUCUCUUGAAUUACGAAUGUACCAGCUUUUUUUAAUGUAUUCUCAUUUUGUUGAUCAUUAAUGAACAUUUCUGUACUGUG